UUAUUCUCUCUAAUCAUUUUCUUGUUCGUGUUCCUUAUUCUGAUUCCUCUUCUUAUCAUUUGUUUCAAAAAAGAAACCAUCUUUUCUAAUUUCUACACCCUUCUUCUUUUCACUCUCUCUUCUUUACAUUGUUAGUACUCUGUUUUUGGAGUUCAAAUAGAGAAAAAAAGAUAUGGGUUUCUCAAAGAAAUCUCAAUUCGACGGCGGUUUAGAUUCCGAAGGGAAGAAAUGGGUUAUCGCCGGAAUUGGGAUUCGGACUUCGUUGAAACCAGUGAAGACAAAACUCAGAGCACCAGAGACUGAAGCCGAAGUUGAAGAAGAGGAAGAAUGUUCGAAGACGCCAACUGCGAAGGAAGCAAAGAUACCUGAGAAGUUGAAAUGUCCACCAGCACCGAGAAAGAGACGGCCGGCGUUAAAAUGUCGGAGUAACGCUGUUACAGAGUUCUUUACUCCUCCUGAGGAUUUAGAGACGGUGUUUAUACGUCGCCGUUAAGUAACAGAAACAAAAAUAUUAGCGAGUUUGUAUAUUAGUCGUGUAACGUAUUAAUUACAAACCAUGAAACUUCAGUUACAAUAUUAGUAUUUAGUUUUUAACUUUUUUUUGUAGUGUUUACAUUUCAAAUUUCUGUUUCUGUUUUUUUUUUUUUAUUGUCAUAAAGGGAAGUUUAUUGUACAAAGAUGUAAGUUUAAU